CCCCGUUGGUUUGGACGCAACCACUGUGAGCUCCUCCCCCACCUUUUCCUCCUUUUCCAUCCUUCCUGACACACGCUCCCUUCCCCCGCCCAUUGGUUACGUCAGGCAGACAGGACGGUGAGCCAAUCACGGUGCUGCGUUCAGAGGCCGGCACGCGGAACCGGUCGGAUCGGACCAAUGAGGGCGCUCGGAGCGGGCGCGCCCCAACCGGGCAGGGGAACCGAGGCCGAGUGGGCGGUGCUUCACCAGUCAGCAUGUGGGCGGGGGAGGGCGGGGACCGGCAGCCGCAGAGGCGUCGACGGCGGUAGCGACGACGACGUUCCUCAGUGUUCGGGGUGGGCUCGGCGGUGCAGGCCGUGUUGCGCGGAGGGUUUGGCGGUCAGCGGCGGCGGCCCUAGAGGGGCCGCGGCGCCAUGGGCAGGCGAUAGACGGGCUCGGGCCGGCGAGGCGAGGGGCGGCGGCGGUCGUCCAGGCCGCGGCGACCUUCGGCGGGGCCCGGGGGUGGGGAGGCCCGGGGCGGGGGUCGUCCCGGACAGCGCGGGGCCGCGGGGCGGGUCUCGCAGGCCGUCGGGGUGCAGGAGGCCUGGGCCGCCGCGAGGAGCUGCCGCCGGCCGCUGGGCCCCGCCGCCGGGCCGCUCGACGACGACGCUCCCGCGGGGGCCCCGCCUGAGGAGGACGCGGCGGCGGCGGCGGCGAGGCCGCGGGAGGCCGCGGAGGAUGGAGGAGCGGAAGGAGGAGGGCGAGGCCGAGAUCCAGGAGCACGGGCCGGAGCACUGGUUCUCCAAGUGGGAGCGGCAGUGCCUGGCUGAGGCCGAGCAGGACGAGCAGCUGUCCCCCGAGCUGCAGGAGGAAGCGGCGGCCGCCGCGCAGCCUGAGCACAAGCAGCAGAAGCUGUGGCACCUCUUCCAGAACUCGGCCACCGCCGUGGCCCAGCUCUACAAAGACCGAGUGUGUCAGCAGCCAGGACUUUCUCUCUGGGUCCCCUUCCAAAACGCAGCCACCGCCGUCACCAAUCUCUACAAAGAAAGCGUGGAUACUCAUCAACGAAGUUUUGAUAUUGGAAUUCAGAUUGGCUAUCAGCGACGCAAUAAGGAUGUGUUGGCUUGGGUUAAAAAACGCAGAAGAACUAUUCGUAGAGAAGAUUUGAUCAGCUUCCUGUGUGGGAAAGUUCCUCCACCACGAAACUCUAGAGCUCCCCCAAGACUGACUGUAGUGUCCCCUAACCGAGCUACUUCAACGGAAACUAGCUCAUCUGUAGAGACUGAUUUGCAACCCUUCCGGGAAGCCAUAGCUCUGCAUGGUCUUAGUGGUGCAAUGGCUAGUAUAAGCGUGCGUUCGAGUACCCCAGGCUCUCCUACACAUGUAAGCAGUGGAUCGAAUGCUAGUCGAAGGAGAAAUGGACUCCAUGAUGUCGAUUUGAACACUUUCAUAUCAGAAGAAAUGGCACUCCACUUGGACAAUGGUGGAACUAGAAAGCGUACCUCAGCCCAGUGUGGCGAUGUCAUUACAGACUCACCAACCCAUAAACGCAACAGAAUGAUCUAAACUGCAAACAUUUUCACACCCACCAUGCUGCUUGAAAGCCACUUGAUCCUCAACAUAUAUUAUUGCAAAGGAAACAUGAGGCCAUCUUCCCUUGUUCACUGUUUAAGACAAGUGAAUUCUGUAGUGGUUGCCAUAAAAGGAAGUUCUAGGUAUUUACAGUAGAUGCCUCUUGUAACUAUGGCUUUCCUAAAACUAUAAUCCUAGCAGAGGACAUCAGAAUCGUGUAGUCAUUAGCAAGAUCAUCAUAGGCAAACAUAUAUCCGUUCCAAGGCUAAAAGUGACCUUAACUGUAUUUAUUCUCAAAGGGAAAGGAAAUAUCAGAUGUUUAUUUGGUUUUGGAAUGCCUUUUUUCCCCCCCUUCCUCUCCUUGGUCCAUUUCCUGCUGUGUUGAGUAUUUUGCUUCAACAGUAUUGCCAGGUUCCUAAAAUUAUCUCAAACCCACGAUUUGGCUUCCUUGUCAAAUCUGCAGGCUUCCAUUUUUUUUUUUUU